AUGACGGCGAAGAAGAAUCAGGCUCUGCAGAAUGGAAGUGCCAAGGAGAACGUGCUGCAGAGGGUCCUGCAGCUGCCGGUGGUGAGCUCGACCUGCGAAAGCCUCCAGCGGACCUACACCAGCACCAAGGAGGCCCACCCGCUCAUGGCUUCGGUGUGUGAGGUCUACGAGCGGGGUGUGCAGGGCGCCAGCGCCUUGGCCAUGUGGAGCGUGGAGCCCGUGGUGCGCAGGCUGGAGCCUCAGUUUGCUGUGGCUAACAACCUGGCCUGCCGGGGCUUGGACCACCUGGAGGAGAAGAUCCCUGCCCUUCAGUACCCUGUUGACAAGCUUGCGUCUGAACUGAAGGGCACCAUCUCCUCCCCCCUCCAAAGUGCCAAGAGCACCAUUGGCAACUCCAUGGAUAAGAUCAUGGAGCUGGCAGCAGAAGGCUACGAGGCCACCAAGAGCACGGUGGAAACAACGGCAAGGUACACAAGGAGGAACUCAGUGAGCCAGAUGGCAGCUGCGGGGGUCGACACGGCCCUGGGAGGGCUGGAGAAGCUGAUGGAGUACCUGCUGCCGGAGGAGGAUGAAGAAGCAGAUCAGAAGCCCAAAGAGAAACGUGGGUCAGCAGUAAAGGUCUCCCAGCAGCAGCCCAGCGCUCCCAGCACGCUGGGCCGGAUCGGCACCUUGGUUAGCACCGUCUCCCACCGCGCUUACCAGCAAACCACCCAAGGCCUCCAGCACGCCAAAGCCAAAGGGCAGGAGCUGGCCACCUGGAUUCCCAUCCUGGGCAGCCUGGCCAAGCCGAGCACCCCUGAGGCACCACGAGUCCACGGUGAUGGGCAGAGCACUGUGGCUGGCUGGCUGAGCCGGCGGCAGAGCAAGGUGCCGGAGCAGAAGCAGGAGAAGGCAGAGAAGAAAGACAACACCCACACCAAGGAGGCAAGCAACGGCGCCGGGCUGGUGGGCAGCAUGGCACACAACCUGCAAACCGCCUGCGCCUCCGGCAUCUCCAGCGUGAAGAAGGUCCCGGCUGUGGCCUGGGACGCAGCAGAGGGGUUGAUCCUCUUCACACCCCGCAGGCUGGCCAACAGCACCCUGUACAGCUAUGUGCCGCUCCGCAGGCAGUCGGUGAAGGAAGAGGAGGCGGCUGAGGGCAGCAAGCCCAGCCCGGAGACUGAGCAGAAGGAGGAGGAGGCCAAGCCCGCCACCCCCUCUGCAGAGGAGAAAUCCCAGCUGAGGCCAGGGAAAUCCGCCUUCGCUCCCUACAACAGGCGGGUGAGCGAAGGCUCCUACCGCUUCAGCCCCGAGGCCAUGUACAGCCGGGCUUACUACACCAACCUCUACAGCCCUGCCUUCAAGAAGGACUGA